UAUUUUUUUUUGAAACACGCAAUUUGUUUAUCGUUUAAAGUUUAAACUUGUAUUAUUAUAUAAUUUUAAGAGAGGGUCCGUUUUAUUAUAUGUGGCCCACGAGGCCCACUUGAUUUUAAAUUUGAGAGUUAACCGGGUAUUUAACCUAAACUCUCGGCGGGUCGGAUCCACUUCCCAGAGAAAAGGCGGGAAAAUUAAGGACACUCCCAAUUCAUCGGCGAAGCAGCAAUGGAGAAAUUCUUGGUUCCGAGAGAGCCGUCGCCGCCAAAAUCCACAACUGUAAUAAGAAGGCGACCAUGGAAGCGAUCUCUAAUCGAAUUGAACGGACGAUUGGAAUCACGCUACCGACACGAAGUAUACACUCUCCUUGCUCAUUCCUACUCCGAGAUUGGGAGAUUUUCACACCUUUAUCACCUGAACGAGAGACCAUGUCAUACCCAUGUACGUACGAUUUUUUAUUUAAGCUUUUUUUCUUUCUUUUUUCUCUCAGUGUGUUUUUGACUGAGAGCCAAGAAUUUGUAAAUUUUCAGAUUAGCGACAUUCUACACGGCAUAGAUUCCUCCUCAACGGGAGGCGUUGCUGGGCUUGAGUUUGACAACCAGGGAAUAUAUAUAGUUUCUGUCACAACAUCAGGAUGCUUGACCGUCCAUGAUUUUGACUCUCUAUAUUGCCAUAGUAAGCUUGCCCCAGAUUGUGUGGAAGAUGAGAGUAAGCAUGUUGUUCAUUUGUCUUUCCCUCCUGGUAGGGAAUUCAAUGUGGCUAGAUGGAAUCCCACUAACCAGAAUGAGGUAGCUUGCACAUCGAGGAAACGUGAUAAAGUCUCUAUCUUCGACAUCAGUUACAUGUCUCCCAAACCAACUGAGGAAUUGCAAACUAGACAGAAGCUCUCGAUUAUUGGCCGCAAAACUUCUAGUGGUUUAUCUGAUGUUGCUAUUAAUAGAAAUGGAGAUUCAAGAGUAUUUUCUCCAGAUACGCUUGGUACCGUUCAUGUGUGGGAUAGAAGAGCAGGCGUAUCUCCAUGUAUAGAACUUUCAACAAACAGAUAUGAUUCGCUCAAGAGUAUUCAGAUACACGUUGAUAAUCAGACUAUUUUUGGAGCUGGUAAAGAAGGAAUCAUUCAUAUUUGGGACCUUCGUGGAGGAACAAACUCUACUGCUUUUCAGAGCCGCAAAGAUAUGAGCCACUUGCCUUUGGCAUCUUUACAUCUUGCACCGAUGCUACAGAAGAUUGCAUCUCUUAAGGCACAGUCAGAAAUAGUUCCCAAGGAAAUCCAUUCCAUCAAUGUAAACCCAUCUGCUCCUCAUCAACUGGCCUUUCACCUUGACGAUGGUUGGUCUGGUGUUCUUGACAUUUAUAAAUCUGAAGUUACUCAUGUACAUUGCCCUCCUCCAGCUUGGUUGGAUGGUUUCAACAAUUCAGCUGAUUUGAUCUUGCGGAAACCGACAUGGCUGCCAACAUCAUCUAUUUAUGUGGCUGGGUCCAUGAGCGAGAAAGGGAUUCAUUUUCUUGAUUUUCAUCCAAGCUCUAGGUCUCCUUGUCACGUUGACUACGAUGAGGAUUCACAGAGAAAGGAGAAGAGAGACAAGUGUAAUCACAGUAACAAGUUUGUUUCAUUGUCUGAAUCUGUCACCGGCUGUGCUGCGCAUCCUCUCAAUAGCAUGAUCGUAGCUGGAACUCAGAAAUCGUCGCUGCUAUUGAUCGCGCAGAGACAUUGCUCAUCUACAACAGAAACUGUAGAAGGUGAACUGUAGCAUCUACUAGCUGGAGUAGGCUUCUGGGCGUUACAUCAUCCUCAUCACACCCUUUCCUCGCACGCUCACAUUCACCACCUCUCUUCUAUUCUUGUUUCAUGGCUUCUUCUGAAACAAGAAUGAAAAAGGGAAGAGCUAAAGAAGCAGCCAUAGCAAACGGAGUGAAGGUGAGGUCACUUCAAGCUGGUUUUAUGCAGAAGUCAAGCCCAUCCUCAACUCACAGUAUCAGAAUCCCUUCUUCUUCCUCAGCUUCUCGUCCUCUCCCCAACCUCUCUGCUCAUGACUAUCCUGUUUUCACUCCUGUAACUACUCUCUCUCUCUCUCUCUCAUUAUGUUUCUUCUUUGAGUUCCAUGUGUUUUCUUCACAUUUUCUUGUCUCUAACUUGAUUUGAUUCCAGACAUUAUGGGACUGGGUUUGUUGAAUUUUUUUUAAAAAGACAUUAGAUUUAUUGGUUUAAUCCGGUUUAGGCUUGCUAAUUAAUUGCAAUUCGGUAUCCAAUUUGUUCUGAACAGUCAGCUUAUAUAUUUCUUUAUUUAUUGUA